AUGCUCCCGCGUGUCUUACCCCGCUCCCUCUCCUCCAUCUACCAUGACAUCCACUCCCCCACUCCCACUGCUUCGUCCUCCUCUCCUCAUCUUGCUUCCACCAUCACGCCAUCCGCGCGGCCAGCAUCGUCUCCCUGCUCCUACCCCUUGCCACCCUGCCCCUCCUCAUCCUCCUCCCAUCCGCCUCCCUCGCUCACUCAACACCAGUCCUCUCACCUCAUCAGCCCCGGGCGAAGCUUCCUCUGCCGAUACUCCUCCAGCCUCCCACAGAGCACUGCGUGUAGCAGAACGCUCCUCCAUCCAUCCUCCCUUCAUCGAUCACUCACCAACCACUCAGACACCACAUUCUAUGGCAGAGCGCCAUCCCUUUGUCGGCCUUUCUCCAACCUUCCAGACAGCACGGUGUAUGGCGGGCCGAAACCGGAGGCGGGGCGGCAGCGGGUGACGCUGCAGCAGGUGGGGAGCAAGUACCGGCGGGGCGAGCCGAUCGUCAUGGUCACGGCCUAUGACUACCCCUCCGCCGUGCAUGUGGACAUGGUGAGUGGUGGGUGGGGUGGGCAUGAAGUCAUGGCGGACAUAGACAUCUGCCUGGUGGACUCAGCACCCAUGGUGCUCCUCCUUCUUUCUAGCCUAUAUCAGACGGAGAUAGACAUCUGCCUGGCUUCUCCUCCCGCUCUCCAAGCCCCUUCACGCUUCUUUGCACAAGCGGACAGAGACACCUGCCUGGUGGGCGACUCAGCAGCCAUGGUGGCGGACAUAGACAUCUGCCUGGUGGGCGAUUCAGCAGCCAUGGUGGUGCAUGGGUAUGACACCACUCUGCCCAUCACGUUGGAAGACAUGCUGCUGCACUGCAGGGCGGUGGCACGGGGAGCCUCUCGGCCGUUGCUUGUUGGUGACCUUCCCUUUGGCACAUACGAGCAGAGCCCACAGCAGGCGGUGGAGAGUGCAGUGCGGUUGUUAAAAGAGGGCAACAUGGACGCGGUGAAGAUAGAGGGGGGCAUUCCAGCCCGAGUGGCAGCAGCUGAGGCGGCAGAGGAGAGUGCGGUGAGAUUGCUCAAGGAGGGAAACAUGGACGUGGAGAAGAUAGAGAGGGGAUUCAGUCUAUCUCCUCUCGCCCCCUCUCUCUCUGAUAUCUCAGGCAGUGAACAGUGCAUCAAUAGUGCAGUGCGGCUGCUGAAGGAAGGCAACAUGGACGCAGCAGUAAACAGUGCAUUGAGGCUGCUGAAAGAAGGCAACAUGGACGCGGUGAAGAUCAAGGGGGGCAUUCCAGCAGUGAACAGUGCAGUGCGGCUGUUGAAAGAAGGCAACAUGGACGCGGUUAAGAUAGAGGGGGGCAUACCAGCGCGGGUGGCAGCAGCGCAGGCGGUAUCUGAGGCGGGUAUAGCUGUGAUGGGGCAUGUGGGGCUCACUCCACAGGCCAUCAGCUCACUGGGAGGCUUUCGCCCCCAGGGCAGAUCCGCUGCCAGUGCGCUCAAGGUAAGACCUGGGGGAGGUGGUAACUGGGGCUGGGCGGUAUCUGAGGUGGGUAUAGCUGUGAUGGGCCACGUGGGGCUCACUCCACAGGCUAUCAGCUCGCUGGGAGGCUUUCGCCCCCAGGGCAGAUCCGCUGCUAGUGCCCUCAAGCAGUCUGAGGGAAAGUACCAUCCUAGUGCAGGUCUGUUCCCCUCGCUCUCAAGGUCGGACCUGGGGGAGGUGGGACAUGGGGGAGGUGGCAACUGGGGAGGUGGGAACUGGGGCAGCACGCACAGGCCUUGCAAGAAGCUGGGUGCUUUGUCGUGCAACAUGCACAGGCCCUGCAAGAAGCUGGGUGCUUCGCGGUGGUUCUUGAGUGCAUGCCUGCAGUGGUGGUGGCUGGGAGCGGACGCCCUGCAAGAAGCUGGGUGCUUCGCGGUGGUUCUUGAGUGCAUGCCAGCAGUGGUGGCAGCAGCGGUCACAGCGGCUGUCGACAUUCCCACCAUCGGCAUCGGUGCAGGGCCACUCUGCAGUGGGCAGGUGAGGCAUUGCCAUUUCAACCGACCCACCCAUGACUAG